CCGCCAUCAAUGAUUGCUUACAAUAAGUCUAAAGAGGAAGUGAAAGUCUCUUCCGAACCACCAGUUUCCGUCAAAAUUUCAAAUUACGAAAUUCUUGAUCAUGAGCGGAAACGGAAAGUGGAACUUAAGUGCAUGGAAAUGCAAGAGCUGUUUGAAGAGAAAGGGUAUUCCCCAGACGAAAUUGAACACAAAGUGUCAAUGUUUCGUAAGAUGCUGAUGGAAAAAGAGGGAGUCAACGAGUCAGUGAAUGAACAAUCUCUAAGGGCCAAAGAAGCUCAUUGUACAUCAGACAACAGCUAUGAUAAAAACUUCAAACAGCAUGAAUCGUUUCGCCUUCACGAAUACAAUGCGUCUAACAGCGCCAUAUGCUUGGACCGAAAGCUGAGAGAACACCAAGGCCAAACAGCUAUAACAGUUCAUAAAAAAUACAGUAUCUCUCGAGAAUCCAGUGUGUCGUCAGGGUCUGCAUCUCCACAGCACAGGUGUAAAAGAAAAUCAAGGAACGAAAGUAGUUCAACAGAACGUAGAGACAGAAGAAAGAAAAACAAGAAAUUCAAAGACCGGCGAUGGAGAAAGCACAAAAAAGAUAGGCACAAGUAUAAAAAAAGAGCCGACAGUGAUGGUCGCAAGAAAAGCAGACGACACAAGCGAAAGACUGAAAUCAGCAGUUCUAGUAGCGACAGCCCUUCACCAGACAUCUCUCAUUCCAACAGUUCACCAGAGACUGCGAUAUACACAUCAGACAAAUCUGCUGAUGAGGGCAUCGACGUGAGAGCCCCUCGACCAGCCCAGAAAAUCAGCAAACUGCUUGCUGAAGCUGUUGGCCAAAGCACUGACCAUGCUGCAGCAACAAAGAAGGACUCUUACAAAUCGCCACCAGUCGUUUGCCAGACCCAGAAACGAUCCCUAUCGGCAUCUUCUUCCUCUUCUUCCUCGUCCUCUUCUUCCUCCUCUUCAUCUUGUUCUUCUCGUGCAACUUGCGAUGUCACCCAAAGGGCAGAGUCCAAAUCAUGUGAACUUUAUACAUCCCAGAGUCGAAGACUGGAUAGUACAUCUUCACUGUUUUCAUCUCUCAAGAGCUGUAAACCAAAUAGCCUGCUGGCAAGCCUCAGUUCGGCAACAACUUCUCCGAAACAGAAUGGCAAAUCAAGUUCUAGUCCGUGUCCAACAAGUGGUCGCAAUCGAAGCCGCUCACUGUCAUAUUCGUCGACCGAGCGAGCGAAGAAGGGUGGCUCCCCUACCCAGCACAAGUACACAAAGCCCAGAUAUUCAUCAGACAGCUCUCGCAGUCCGUCGCCCAUUGCUCACAAGACGUCGUCGCGCACCUACCGCUCGAGUCAGUCCAAGUCUGGCAGCAAGUCACCACGGCGUCGGCAACAGCGGUCGCGCAGCCGUAGUCACUCCAGAUCGUUUUCUCGUGCCAGGUCCAGAAAGACGAGGUCGCCGUCAAGGUCACGGUCAAGGUCAUGUUCAAGGUCACGCAGCUAUCGAAGGUUAGUUCUUUUUUUUUUCUUUGUGUCAUUUUUGCUUUUCAUCCUUGUAGGGUUCAUGAAAUAA